UCGACCAUCUAAGUGACAUUUCAAACUGUUUCAAGUUUGUAAGUAUGGCGCUAUUCAGUAAAGUCGAUCACUACACUCCUGCACCAUUUUGGCAAAAUGGACCGGCACCAGGUGCAUUUUAUCACUUUCCUGGAGGUUCCUCGCAGUCCGAUGUUGGAGGAUUUCAAAGAUCACAGGCUCCGAUGACUACCGGUACAUCCGUAGUUGGAAUUCAAUUCAAAGAUGGUGUUCUAAUAGCUGCAGAUGUUCUUGGUUCAUACGGAUCAUUGGCUAGAUUCAGGAAUCUUGAACGUAUCAUCAAAGUUAAUAAUAAUAUAAUCCUGGGCGCAGGAGGAGACUAUGCUGAUUAUCAGUGUAUUAAAAGUAAUAUAGAGAGGAAAAUACUCGAAGAAGAAUGUUUGGAUGAUGGACUAUCUUUAAAACCAAAAGCUCUGCAUUGUUGGCUAACUCGCCUAAUGUAUAAUGGAAGAUCUAGUUUCGAUCCAUUUUGGAAUAACUUUGUUAUUGGUGGUAUAGAAGGUGAUAAACCAUUUUUGGGUACCGUAGAUAAGCUCGGUACAGCUUACAGUGACCCAGUAAUUGCAACCGGAUAUGGUGCUUAUAUGGCAACGCCUAUCAUGAGGAAAGCUUAUGAAGAAAAUAAGGAAAUGUCUAAGGAACAAGCAAAGGAACUUUUGUACAAAGUGAUGCAGGUUCUUUUCUACAGAGAUGCACGUUCUUUCCCAAAAUAUCAACUUGGUAUAAUAACUAAAGAAGGUGUUGAAAUACAGGGACCAAUAACAAUGGAUAGCUAUUGGGGACCUGCUAUUAUGUAAUACUAAAUCUAAUACAUUUUUCCUUAAUAAAAAUAUUUACAUUUAAUAUAAAAUUA